AGUUUUAAAUCUCCCGGUUGUCUCUGCAAGGUUUUGGCGCUAUUUUGCAGCAAUUGACAGUUCUCGAGUUUGAAGUCACCGAUGCUGCUUCCACCACCACUUUGCCGGUAGAUUCUGUUUGUGUCCGGGCUGUUGUGCGCGGCGAAUUGUGUCGUGUAUGAUUUUGAGUGUCAGUCCACAGAAUCCAUAGGUUCCAAUAGGAAACCGCAGGCACGGGUCACAACACCGGGAGCUCUUCUAACAACCAAGUCCUUUCGGGUGAUUCAACAUGAGCGACGAUUGGGACAACUUCGAGGACAACUCUACUCCUUCUGGGGUUGCAACUGAUGGUGGCACAACAUUCACUGCUGGCAGGGGUUUCAGGGCUGUGACUGGGGAUAAAUCUCCAUCAUGGCCAGUGAGAAGCAGCAAUCAGAGUGCUGAAGAUGACAGUGAAUGGUGUAAUGUAGAUCUUCAGACCAUUCAGAAGAACAUAAGAGGUGGACGAUCAGGCAGCUACAGACCACAAUAUCCAUCAGGUGGAGGCUGGGGAAAUCCUCACAAUGAAAGUGAGGACGAAGGAAACGAUAGUUGGGGAAGCGGAGGCAGCGGCGGAGGUAGAGGCGUUAGAGGUGGAAGAGGUGGUAGGGGAGGAGGUAGAGGUCGAGGUUUUAAUCACGGUGGCAGCCGCGAUAAAUUCCGUAGCGAUGAUGAUGGGUGGAGUGGAAGAAACGAAGAAGGUGUAAGGUGGAGACUUAGAGGCGGAGCACUAGAUCGUGGCAGAGGAGGUCGCGCUAAUAGUGGCGACAAUUGGGGAAGCGGGAACGCCGAAAAUUCAUGGGGCGUCUGUGGCGGCGACAACUCUUGGGGCUGCGGUGGCGGCCAGGGCAACGAAAACGCUUGGGAAGAAGGCGGUGGAAGUGGACGAGGUCGAGGCAUGGGUCGUGGUAUGGGUCGAGGUGCUGGAAGAGGUCGUGGUGGCCAUAACAGCAAUGAAAAUGGCGAAGAAAAGAAACGUGAAGUGUAUGUGCCAGUAGAACAGAUCGAAGGCGACGAUCUUUUCACAUCCACCAUCUCUUUGGGUGUAAACUUUAUGAAAUUAACCGACACUGAGGUUAACGUUUCCGGGGAGAAUGUGCCCGAAAAAAUUGAAUCGUUCGAAAGUUCUGGGCUUAGACCCCUUUUGCAAGAGAAUGUCGCAAAAUCCGGCUACAAAAAACCCACUCCAAUCCAAAAACACGCGAUACCUAUUAUUAGCAGUGGCAGGGACCUGAUGGGCUGCGCCCAAACGGGAUCCGGAAAGACCGCCGCUUUUCUCCUUCCCAUUAUUAACAAAAUGAUGGAAGAAUCAUCAUCGCCUAUUACUGACGGGACUACAGCAGAACCAAAUGUGAUAAUAAUCUCUCCAACAAGGGAACUGGCUAUCCAAAUAUACGAUCAAGCCAGAAAAUUUUCUCUGAACACCAUUGUUAAAGUUGAAUUAUGUUACGGCGGCACGUCGGUGAACCAUCAAAAAAAUCGUGUGACCAAUGGUUGCCACAUAUUAGUUGCAACUCCUGGUCGUAUAAAUGACUUUGUUAGCCGAAAGCAUGUAUCUUUUGCCUCGUGUAAAUAUUUCGUUCUGGAUGAGGCCGAUCGUAUGCUGGACAUGGGAUUUUUACCAACUGUCGAAGAGAUGCUAAGCCACGAGACCAUGACGACUACUGGCACAAGACAGACAUUGAUGUUCUCCGCUACUUUUCCAGAAGAGAUUCAGGUUUUGGCUGGGAAAUUUUUGCACAAUUAUAUAUUUGUAGCAGUAGGAAUAGUGGGCAGUGCGUCAACUGAUGUCGAACAAUUUUUCUAUCAGGUGUCAAAAUUCGAUAAGAGGUCCAAAUUGAUUGAUAUGCUUAAAGAGUCGGGUGGCAAAGAAAAAACAGUUGUUUUCGUUGAAACAAAACGUAACGCUGACUUCCUAGCGACAAUGCUCAGCGAAAAUGAUAUUCAAACGACCUGUAUGCACGGCAGCAGAUUCCAAAGAGAACGCGAACAGGCGUUGAGGGAUUUCAAGGAAGGCAUUAGAAACAUUUUGGUGGCGACCGGUGUGGCCGCGAGAGGUCUGGAUAUUGAAGGUGUCCAACACGUAAUUAAUUACGACUUACCCAAAAGCAUCGACGAAUACGUACACCGCAUUGGCAGAACUGGUCGGGUCGGAAAUCGCGGUAAAGCAACUAGUUUCUACGAUCCCGAUGUAGAUUCCAAUCUCGCCGGACCUCUGUCGAAGAUUUUAGAACAAGGCGGAAUUACUGUCCCCGACUUUUUAAGCGGAGGAGGCUACAGCGGCGGUUCAUCUGAUGCGUUCGGUGGCCGAGACGUGAGAGGAAACGACUAUGGUCGUAAUACUGAUUCUCAUGUACCAAGUCUAGACGAAUGGUAAAGCUUGGUUACUAUAAGAUUAUUUUUUUAGUUACACUUCUAAGUUCAAUUUUUAUGAGUUCAAUAUUAGUAAAUGUCUUAUUAAGAGACGUACGUACUCAUUUAGAAGAUACAAUACAAACUGGUUAUUUUUGCUAAAUUUAUAUAAAUAUAUAUUUUUCCAUCUUGAUAAAUGAGUACGAUUUGUUUUGUUAUAAAAACAAAAUUAUUAAGUUUGAUGUUCUCAGUUUUUUUAUCAGAAAUUAUAAAAGUUUAUGUUGUUUUCAUUUCGCCAUAUAACAAAUCUGUGAUACUUAUUUGUUAGUUAAAGGCGAGUUAUAUGGUAUGUUAAAUGUGUACUGAUGUUAUAUGUGAGAUAUACAUUCCUAUAAAAAAAAUAAAACAUUUUAUAUAA